CCAGGAUUGUUGCUAAUGACCUGUAGUGAAGUGAAAUCAAAAUGUGCAUUCUUCUGUAGUUUGGAUAUGGCCAUUACUAUCAGUGCAUUUCUCAAGUGUUUGUUCUAUGAAUCCUCGUGUUAUUUGUGAACUAUAUGUUUCGUACUAUAUUAGUGUAUAUUUCUCAUGAGGAUUAAACUAAAGUUUAGGUGACGACAGCACGAUGGAUCAGCAAAAUGAUGCAGAAAAAGUCAUAUCUAAUGAAUUAUAGAUAAUUGAUGAAAGCAAAAUGCGGAGGCGGGUCCUUCUUCAUUAAGUGGCUUCUUCAGCGAUCGAUGUGCUGAAGUUGAGAUCACAUGUUGAAAAAAUAAGGAAUAUAAAAGUUUAAAUAUGGACUUUGACAUUCUGAGAUGCUGCUGCAUCACAUUUGUGCUGUCCGCCUGGGUCACCCCUGCCAGUUUUUCCUCGUUUGAGACGAAUGCCGGGUCCAGCAUUUACGUGGACAAAAUUGGUCUCGAACAAAGCAUCGCUGCAGUGCUGCAUAAAGUGGCUUAUGGUUCUACUACGACCAAGCGAAGCAUACCAGAUGGCAUGUCAGCUACUGGUUCCGGCGUUACGACUGUUACGACACCUCUGCUUACCACGUUUCGUUAUCGUGAGCGAGAUCAUGACCUGGAACGACCUCAUGAACCACCGAAUGGCCCAGCUGGUUUCGAAUUGGAUCUUGAAAAGGAUCAUGCGCUACCUACGUCCGCACCAAAUGCUGAUAUAUUAAAAAGUCACGGUAGCUCUUCGUAUCCAAAUCCUAAUCGUCAUCAUAAUGGUGAUAGAGGUACGGGCCAUCAAAAACACAAUCCUCUAGGAAACAUGGACGGCCCUUCUCGUAAAUUGGCUGUACCACCAACACAGUGGAUGUAUUCACGCGAUGUUCCGUCCUAUGCUCCACCAUCUCGAUCGUAUAAUACGCCUCCAUUGCCGCCGGAUUAUUUUCAGUUUGCUGACAAACCCACAUUGCGUAAUUCAAAUUCGGAAGGCAUUCUCGGUAGCAAUGGGGGCGUUUCUACUAGUUACGCUAGUCGUCGUCCGUUGCCGCCACCGAGUCUUAUGCCUAAUCAUGAAAGAAUUCCUGUCAGGCCUCCAAACUUAGCAUCAGGAGUGCUGGCACCCGAUGCUAUGCCGCCACAAGAGCCAUCGACGGAAGGCAGAAAAAAGACUCUAAAUACGCCCUACAACCGCGCGACACAAAUAGACACAUCGCACAAUCAACUUCCGGUAAAUGGUCCUGAUGUAGGUCGAGUGGAUCCAAAUGGUAAUUUGACCGAUUUCAUGCCGAAUGGAAGUUUCUUACAUUACCCUAGUAUUUCGCGCAUUCUGUCUGGAUCAAAUGGCCGCAAGGAAGAAAUACCAGCUGUUUUACUCAGAACAGUAACUGCUGGACCGAGCAUCAUAUUACCUCCACUAUCAUCUCCCGCACCACCAGAAGAUAAAAUUCACGAAUCAUGGAAUAUACCAAAAGAAUCUGAAAGAAAAUUAGUAGAAGCGGAAUUAUUACCAUCUGACGUUGAUGAUUCUAAAUCGCAGCUUGAUGACGCAAAUAAUAUCAAAAACCAAGAUACAACAGAUCAAGUUUUUCCUAUGGAAUAUUCUACUGAAAUAAUACAACUUGCAAAUGUGAACAAUGAUCGAAAUUUAUAUUCCUCUACAUCACGACCGUCAGAAAGAGGACCCUAUAGUCCACCCUACACAACCUGGACAGUAGCUUGGAACUUGCAUAUAUAUCUUGUUGCAAUUUUGUUCACAAUACUCGCAGUUUACUCUAUAUUCAAAAUAAUAUGCUAUGACAAAUUGACACAUCUUAGUCAAUCAUAUUUUGUAUGUUUGCAUUUGACAUUGAUAUUAAUUUGUUUGGCAAGAAUAUUUUAUUUGUGUUAUGAUCCAUACAAUAUCCACUCAAGUUUUCAUAUAUUUAUAUCAGAAAUAUUACUAAAUUUACCAGCAGCAUUCUUAACAGUAUCAUUUGCAAUACUGAUAUUGUUUCUUCUUAGACGUACUAUUAACUUGAAGAACAAUCGGUAUUCUGCUUUGGUUCGACCGCUAACUGUUAUUAUUGGAAGUAGUGUACAUGUUGGUCUAUGCAUUACAUUACAUUAUGUUGAAAGUCAUAGUCACGGACAUGGAAAUAACCAGGAACCUCGGAUUCUUGGUUUAAUAUGCCAGAUUAUAUACAUAUUUGUAUGCUUGAGUUUGGGGUUGUUGUAUCUUUACAUUUAUCGGAUACUUAAACGUAUUUUGCGAAAUAAAUCUCAAAAUUAUAUACAUGGCUAUCAAAAUCUAUCAUAUGCAAUUCAUAUUAGUAUUGCUACGGCUUUGCUGUUUAUAUUACUAGCAGCUUUACAAGUAUAUGGUGUUGUGGAUAUGACUACAUCUCCACGAUUAGCGUUAUCUGAAUUUGAUUGGUUGCAAUGGGGUUAUCAGUUUUCUUUGAGACUGAUAGAAGUGGCUGUUAUUACACUUAUGUCUUGGGUUGCCGGACUAAGAACUGGCUCAUCAAAGUCAUUACAAAGAGAGAAAGGAAUGGAACCACAUAAUGUUUCCGGUUUUGCUCUAUUUCCGUGUACUUCUAGCUCUAGCCAAGAACAUUUUGAAACUGACUACCCAGCCAUAUGCAAUGCCAAUACUAAUCUACAUACAUAUACUUUACGAACCGGUAAGCCGAUAUAUGAUGACAGCUUUGCUUUAAAUUCAUUAGGGACUGAAGUGCCAACUGCUCCUCAAUCAAGACCAAUUGAUUACCAAAUGAGUGUUGGCCCUGAUACAGGCCGUUCAAUAGAAACUGAUAGUGCUUGUUCUUCAGCGCACAAUGGUAAUCUAUUAGUGCAAAAUGAAUUUACAUCAGUGCCUAAAGAUUAUUUGAACAACAGCAGUGCUGUACCAGAUCAUUAUGAGAAUCCAGACUUUGAAUUUCGCGGUACACCGCGAAAUACAACGCCCAUUCCAAGCAAUUGUUACUCUGAACCAGUAGAUAUGAAGGAACACGGCCAUUACAACCACUCAGUCCAGAAUCUGGAUUUCAAAAAUUUUGAAAGACCGCAUUUCGAUAAACCUGCCUCGCGUACUGAAUUUCGAGCUUCGAAGAAUAUGAAAAACGUGAAGAAUGGUUGUGGCGUUCAGCAUUCUGAACGUGAUUAUGAGCAAUCAGCGCACAAUGUAUACGGUUCUGGACGUCACAGUUCGUUUGAUCGAAGGGGGGUACGAAAAAGCGGCACAAUGAGCAAUAUCGGUGGUGUGCACACCAGCGGCAUUCGGUCCAGCGGCGGUAGCAGAUCAUCGGGGGUGCAGACACUGAGCUCUUCUAGAGCGGAACGUGAACGAUCCUCCACGCGAUCGAAAAAACAUCACGCUGUUCCUGAUCAUCACAUGUACGAUGAGGAAUAUAAAAUAGAUCCCGGUUACCCCGAACGGCCGCAGUUCGACCGUAGACAACAUUCCCGCAUGUCUGAUCAGAAGGCAGAGCAAGAUGCCGAAAUCAACGAAAGCAUGCUCGUGGCCGAGCACGGCUUCGUCAGAUUCCGCGCUCUAGACGCGGUCCCUCCCAUUUCGGUCCAGAGGGCCAGCAAAGGCAAAGAGAAACGCUAUAAUACGUAGUGCCGACGUUUCGAAAGCCUUAUUAUCCUUACAUAAUUGGAUUGCCAGUGCGACUUAAUUUGUACAUAAAGUUAGGUAUUAAAAAUUAUCCUUACAUAGUAUUUUAUGCGCAGCUACAUACUUGUAUCCAAAUUCAUGCACUAGUUGUCAAUAUUAAAAUUGUGAUCAAUAUAUCAAUAGAGUCUUAUAUUGGAGCAACAAUCAUAAUUUACAUUUCAUUGAUUCACAUAUGCUCAUGAACUCAUUUCACAUGUGAUG